AUGUCUGGACUUCUCACUCCUCCUUAUGGUGUUAUGGAAACUGGCUCCAACAAUGACAGAAUGCCAGAUAAGGACAGUGUGUCAAGUAGUGCUCUUUGUCAAGUGUCUAAAAAUUGUAACAAGACACCUUUUACUGAACCUCACAUCCCACAUCGUCCUACUAAAACCAUUACACAGGUUCCUUCUGAGAAGAUCCUCAGAGCUGGAAAGAUUUUGCGGAAUACAAUUCUGUCCCGAGCCCCUCACAUGAUAAGAGAUCGUAAAUACCAUCUGAAGACUUACAGGCAAUGCUGUGUGGGGACAGAACUAGUUGACUGGCUGAUGCAGCAAAGUCCUUGUGUCCAUUCACGAACCCAGGCUGUUGGCAUGUGGCAAGUAUUGCUGGAAGAAAGUGUUCUUAACCAUGUGGAUCAGGAACACCACUUUCAAGACAAAUACUUAUUUUAUCGAUUUUUGGAUGAUGAGCAUGAAGAUGCCCCUCUGCCAACCGAGGAAGAGAAAAAGGAGUGUGAUGAGGAGCUACAGGACACUAUGCUGCUUCUGUCUCAGAUUGGGCCAGAUGCUCAUAUGAGGAUGAUUCUCAGAAAACCGCCUGGCCAGAGAACUGUAGAUGACUUAGAAUUUAUAUAUGAAGAACUUCUUCACAUUAAGGCCUUAUCUCAUCUUUCUACCACAGUAAAGCGAGAAUUAGCAGGUGUCCUCAUUUUUGAGUCACAUCCCAAAGCAGGGACGGUCUUAUUUAAUCAGGGAGAAGAAGGUACUUCUUGGUACAUUAUCCUAAAGGGAUCAGUAAACGUAGUCAUUUAUGGCAAGGGUGUGGUAUGUACUCUACACGAAGGAGACGAUUUUGGCAAGUUAGCACUUGUGAAUGACGCUCCCAGAGCAGCAUCCAUUGUUCUACGUGAAGACAACUGCCACUUCUUGAGAGUAGACAAGGAGGACUUCAACAGGAUCCUUAGGGAUGUGGAAGCAAAUACAGUGAGACUCAAAGAACAUGACCAAGAUGUGUUGGUGUUGGAGAAGAUCCCAGCAGGAAACAGAGUUUCUAAUCAAGGAAAUUCACAGCCUCAGCACAAGUAUAUUGUGAUGUCAGGAACCCCAGAGAAAAUUUUAGAGCACUUUCUAGAAACUAUGCGCCUUGAAGCAACUUUAAAUGAAGCAACAGAUUCUGUUUUAAAUGAUUUUAUUAUGAUGCACUGUGUUUUUAUGCCAAAUAGUCAGCUCUGCCCAGCCUUGAUGGCACACUAUCAUGCCCAGCCUUCCCAGGGUACAGAGCAGGAGAAAAUGGAUUAUGCCCUCAACAAUAAAAGACGAGUCAUUCGACUGAUUCUGCAGUGGGCUGCUUUGUAUGGAGAUUUACUACAAGAAGAUGAAGCAGCAAUGGCCUUUUUGGAGGAAUUUUAUGUAUCUGUAUCAGAUGAUACUAGAAUGAUUGCAGCACUAAAGGAGCAACUUCCAGAGCUAGAGAAAAUUGUAAAGCAAGUUUCUGAAGAACCUAAAGCACCACAAAAGAAGCACAAAGUUCUUCUGCAGCUGUUCAACACAAGUGAUGACAGAGCACAGAAGCGCCAGCCUAUCAGGGGCAGCGACGAAGUUCUGUUUAAGGUGUACUGCAUAGACCAAACCUAUACCACUAUCCGGGUGCCAGUGUCUUCCUCUGUGAAGGAAGUGAUCAGCGCAGUAGCAGAUAAGCUGGGUUCUGGAGAAGGCCUCAUCAUAGUAAAGAUGAGUUCAGGAGGAGAAAAGGUUGUGCUCAAACCUCAUGAUGUUUCAGUGUUUACGACUCUCAGUGUUAAUGGACGACUGUUUGCUUGCCCACGUGAUCAGUUUGAUUCAUUGGCACCAUUACCAGAACAAGAAGGACCGUCUACAGGUACAGUGGGAACAUUCGAACUGAUGAGCUCCAAAGACUUAGCAUAUCAGAUGACAAUUUAUGACUGGGAGCUCUUCAACUGUGUGCAUGAGCUGGAAUUAGUCUAUCACACUUUUGGAAGGCACAAUUUUAAGAAGACCACAGCAAAUCUGGACUUGUUUUUAAGAAGAUUUAAUGAAAUUCAGUUCUGGGUGGUCACUGAGAUUUGUCUUUGCUCUCAACUCAGCAAGCGUGUUCAGCUGUUAAAGAAGUAUAUUAAGAUAGCAGCCCACUGUAAAGAAUACAAAAAUCUGAAUUCCUUUUUCGCUAUUAUUAUGGGACUGAGUAAUGUUGCUGUGAGCCGUCUCUCGUUAACAUGGGAGAAACUUCCAAGCAAGUUCAAGAAGAUCUAUGCAGAGUUUGAAAGCUUAAUGGAUCCGUCAAGAAACCAUAGGGCCUACAGACUAACUGUAGCUAAAUUGGACCCUCCAAUAAUUCCUUUCAUGCCACUACUUAUAAAAGACAUGACGUUUACUCAUGAGGGAAACAAGACAUUCACUGACAACCUAGUAAACUUUGAAAAGAUGCGCAUGAUUGCCAACACUGUCAGGACGGUGAAAUUCUGCCGAAGCCAGUCGUUCAAUCCUGACGCAGCCCUAACUAAUAAGAACCAUCAGGAUGUUCGGAGCUAUGUGCGGCAAUUAAAUGUGAUUGACAACCAGAGAACUUUAUCACAGAUGUCUCACCGACUAGAACCGCGUCGAGCAUAAACAUUUGAAGCAAUGAUGAGAAAUGAUCUUUUAUCCUGUCAAGGUCACUUGUUAAGAACUUCACUUUCUCUGCUACCGCACUGCCACUAUAAAAAUAAGCAAAAACAUAUUCUAAGGUCUUGGGCAACGCACAAUGUACCAGCCUGUCAGAGAACUUUGGCUGAGGAAGAAUUUAUGCACUGUAGCUGUACGGGUGGCCAUGUUGGGAAUGGUUAAUUCUUCUUAAAGUGUAGGAAAUGAUUUCUCAUAACGAUAAAAAAAGGCAAAAGAUAAAAUAGAAUAGUUAUUGGAAAAUGCACUAAAAGCUUCUAACAAUUCUAAAGGAGGUAGUGUUUUUCUCCCUAAUUAAAAAUUGGUAUUUCAUGAUUUAUUCUCCAGGUCAGGACCAAAACUGAUCAUCAGUUUACCUUGCCUAGCUACUG